GAACAUUACGAGAUUACACGUUGGAUGACGCGCCACCCGUCCAUAUUCGGAGUGCCCUUUUCAUCAACAGCAAAACUUCUCUUAGGCAAUAAAACAAACACCUAGCAGGCAAUUCUAUGAGGUAAAGUUCUCGUGAGUACCCGCCAUCCGUCCAUUGUCGCAGUGCUCUUUUCAUCAACAGCAAAACUUCUUUUAGGCAAUAAAACAAACGCCUAGCAGGCAAUUCCAUAGGCUCCACUCACUCAACAUGCAGAGUGUCAGAAAUUCUAUCCUGAGGCAUAUGAGAUUGAGGGGGUCGGUAGAACAAUGGUUUUACACUGAAAGAGGGAACAUGCUCAGGCAACGACUUAUGUGUUUGUCAACAGGUGCAAACCAUGAUCAAAUAAUGGAUCGAGUGGUUGGAUUGGUUAAGAAGUAUGAUAAAAUUGAUUCCAGUAAGGUUACAGAAACAGCUGAUUUCCAAAAGGAUUUGUCACUGGAUAGUUUAGAUAGGGUCGAGCUUGUUAUGGCUAUUGAGGAAGAAUUCUCCAUUGAGAUCCCUGAUGAGGAAGCAGAUAAGCUUACAUGUUGUGCUGAUGUUGCAAAAUUCAUAGCUUCUGGAGCCAGGUCCAAGACUGCCGAGUCAUGAGGAAUUUUCAUUGCAAGUAUGUGUUUGGGGCCUAUCCCUUGAACAAUUUGCCUGUCAUUUAUGGUGCACAUUAAGAAGUUAUUCCACCCUGCGUUUGUUUUACAAACAUUUUACUGCAACUGUAAUGGAUUAUUGAAUCUGUAGAAGCACUUUUGUCGUUAAGCAUUGCCCUAUUUGUGC